GAGAUGCUAGAGCGCAAGUAUGGCGGCCACCUGAGAGCGCGCCACGCCGCUCUCGUCAUACAGCAGGCUUACCGCAAGCACUGCAUGGAGAAGCAGUUUCGCAACAUGCGCAGCGGCGCCACCAAGUGCGAGCGACGUCUCUCGCGUCGCUACUUCUCGAUGCGCGAACCUUCGUUCUGCGGUGGCGCCCCCUUCGCGGGCUCGCCGAUGCUCGUCAACGGACGCGGGGGCGUUGCCGGCGGUGAUGCGUACACGUGCCGCGAGUACAAUCAGAACUUUGUGAUCCCGCGCCGCCGCCCGCGCGGACACACGGCGGCGCCACACCGUCGCGUCAAAGGACGCUCGCGUCGAAGGAGCGACACCGCCAGCAGAUGGCGCGCCGCGAGUCGUUGGAACGUGCCCGUGGCUGGCGGCCACCAGGGGGAGCCGGCGGCGCCGCCGAUCCCGCGCCACGGCGCGGCGGGGGCGCGGCGAGCGCGCGCGAGCUCAUUGGACGAGAGCGUCAUCCUCGACGACCUGACGCCGCGCGUCGCCGCCAUCGGCCUCCAGGGCGAGCCACCGGCGAGGCAGCUUCGCGAGAACCGAGUCAGCGCCCCCGCGCUCACGCGAUCGCAGGAAGAGGGCACCACCGUUGGCACGCCGACCGCGUGGGGGCGUUCCGGCGUGCCGCCGCACCUGCAACAAGCGAACGGCGUCGCGGGGAAGUCGGCCAACAGGGGCAGCACCGUCUCCGAGAACAGCGAGACGGACAGCCUCGACGAGACGACCUACUCCAGCUCCCCAACGUCCGACUCCGCGCUAGAGAUGUUCGCAAAGCAGACGACGACGGCGGGGCGUCCGGGCGGCGAUGCGCCGCCAGGGGGCGCUGCCACCACAUUCCACGUUAACGACGUACUGAGGAAGCGGCAGUACCGUGUUGGUCUGAACCUCUUCAACAAGAAACCCGAGAGGGGUAUCCGGUAUCUGGUCGACAACCGCUUCAUCGAGCACACGCCGGCGGCCGUCUCCAAGUUCCUAAUAUCCCGCAAGGGUCUCAGCAAGCAGAAGAUUGGCGAGUUCCUGGGAAACCUGCAGUGCGACUUCAACCAGGAAGUCGGUGAAGCGCAGAAGAUAGAGCGGCUGAUGGAAGUGUUUGGGCAUCGCUACUGCGUCUGCAACCCUCCACCCUCACUGCUGCUGUCUCCUCCCCCCCCCCAUCCCCACAUCCUCUACAACUACACCCUUAACCCUUUACCCUCUCUCUUCUGCCUGCAGGGUGAAGCGCAGAAGAUAGAGCGGCUGAUGGAAGUGUUUGGGCAUCGCUACUGCGUCUGCAACCCCGACGUGUACGCGCGUCUGCACGGCGAGGACACGGUCUUCAUCCUCGCCUUUGCGAUCAUCAUGCUCAACACGGACCUGCACAGCCCCAACGUGAAGCAAGAGCGACGCAUGAAGCCUGAAGACUUCAUCAAGAACCUCAAGGGGAUCGACGACGGCCACGACGUGGACGAGGAGAUGCUGCAGGGCAUCUACACCCGCAUCCAGUCGUUUGAGUUCAAGGCCGCGAUGGACCACAUCACGCAGGUCAUGAAGGUCGAGCAGACGAUCGUCGGCAAGAAGCCGCAGGUUCACAACCUGCCGCACCGCCGAACUCGUCUGCUACUACGCCGUCCUACGAGGCAGGUUCCUCACCUCGCAUGCCGCCGGACUGCUUGCGACUGCGCUGCUACGAGGUUCCCGAUCCGCGAACAGGCAACGGAAGGAGAAUCGGGCGGCUCACAGCGUGCGACGUUCCUCGAUUCAACUGGACCUCAUUGGGGAGAUUGCUGCCGGUCAGGAAAAGAGGAAGGCUCCAGGGGGAGGGUGAGGGAGAGCGAAGGAGGCGUGAUCAGUGGAGACGAGAAAGUUGGUGGUGACACCUGGUGUGCAUUGUUGCAGAUAACUAAGAUCUUCAGCAAGAAGAAGGGAGCGGUGACGUACAGCUACCGGCAGAUGUUCCCGCUCAGCGGAAUGCACGUGGAGACCUUCGCGAACAGCUAUCACAACUACGGUCUGAAGCUGAUGCCGACGAUCGAUGGCAAGGUGCACAUCAUCUUCAACGCUCGCAACGAACACGACAGGUCAAAGUUCACGGAGGACCUGAAGGAGGCCAUCGCGGAGAUGGAUGAGAUGGAGAAUCUUCGCUUAGACGACGAGUUACAGAAGCACAAGGUGUCACGGCACGGACGCAACAAGGACACCGGCAGCAGCGGAGGCAGCGGAGGAGCAGGAGGUCCGCACUACAUCUCCAGCCGUGACUCGGGCGUCGUGGAGGAUGGAGAUACGGAGUCUCGCUCCAGCGGCGGAGGAGGAGGAGGAGGAGGUGGAGGAGGAGGAGCGCAGGAUCGGCUAAGCGUUGAUGCGGGUCCGCUCAAACGAUCGGCGCUCUCCAAUUCGCUGCUCGAUCUAGCCGACCAGAGUGGCAAACUGAAGCGCAGAGGCAGUGCGGGCUCACUGGAUAGCGGCAUGUCUUCGACUGCGAGCUCGAUCAGCCGCGACUCGUCGCCGCAGACGGGGAAACUUCCGGCGGCCGCAGCGACCGGGAAGUCUCCCAACCAGGCGUUCAAGUUCUCCGGACUCUUCCACAAGAAGGAGAAGCCAGACAAGUCGAAGCUGGCGGCGGCAGCUGCGGCUGCGGCAGCGGCGGCAGCGGUGACGACGAAACAAGACGUCAAGCAGGCGACGACCGAUUGCACGGAGGUGUGAGGUCCCCGCCAGGGGGCGCCCUCAUGGCAUAGCCGGCGUUUCACGUGUGAGGACGACCGAUCCUGCUACCAGGGGGCGCCGCAGCGCUGAUUAAUCAAAAUGGCGGCAGAGGUUCGACAGUGGCGCGUUAACUAUUGUCCGUCGUCGUCAGUGGCGGCGGCGGUGUUGUCGCCAUGGCGAUUACAGAUUUGCGCACGUGCAUUGUAGAUUAUGCUGUACUGUCACAUUGCGAUCUUGCAUCUGCUGCUGGCGAGAGCUAGCCACCCAUCCUCAAUCUUACUGCGCUCUGACCUUCAAACUCUCCGACCAUCAAACACUCUUGACCUUCAAACUCCCUGAUCCAUGUUCCGCUUGCAUAGUGGUGGCGGUAGAUUUUGGUGACUGCCAGUCUGUGCCCUCUCCACUGCCCUGCGCCCUUUCCUCCCCACCCCCUCCCCCACAGCGCUGUGUCCCUGCCACUUCUCUCCCACUGUGGCCUU